UAUUUUGUCUGUCUGUCUGACGAGUAUAUGUGUAAAGGGAUUUACAAACAGUCUUCCGAGUCUGAUGCAAAGUAAUAUGUAAUUAAAGCUUAUUAUCAAUUGCAAUUUGUGCCUGAGAUUAUCGUGAGAAUUUCUGUAUUAAGCACAUCGUCAGGGAACAGGGCAAAAGUUUUUGAAAUGAAAAAUUUUAAAUAUAUGAACACUCAUAAUGCUUCCUGUUGUAUUAAUCUGCAAAAAUGGAACUAAAAAACACCUGCAUAAGUGUAAAUAUGAGUGGUAGGACUGGUAAAAUUACUUUUAUUCCUUCAUUUUCUUGCAGCUUUUGAUUAUGUAUCUUAUAUCAAGUGAUGGCUGAUUUGAAAGACGUGAAUGAAAAUGCCAGUGAAAGCAAUAUUAAUUAUGAAACUGUUUAUCAUUCCAUGGUAGAGUCUGUUGCAAACAAUGAAGAUACAGAAAAAGUUCCUUCUUGUGAUAAUGAUUUUAAAAUUUUUAAUUUAAAUGAUCAGUCAUGCAAUCCACCAUUCUCAGAACAGAUCAAUUCCAUACAUUCGACAUCUCUGCAAACUGUCAGAUGUCAAGCUGAGUCUCUUCAUGUGAUCAGUAAUCUGCCAAAUACUAACUCUGAAGAAACAUGUGUCACAUCUUUCCAUUCAUGUUGUAAUGAAAAUACUCAGUUAUCUAAUGGACAGACUUCAGUUAAUUCUAAUGAUGUUUCACCCAAAUUAAAAGCAGAUUCAGAGAGUGAAAAUAACCUUAGCUGUUCUGAUCUGGUUAUAAGCACAUAUAGUGAUGAGGAAAUCUCGCCAGAAAAGGAUGUAAAGGAGGAUUUCAGUUUAGAAUCUGGAGACCUAGUACCUUUUGUUCCAAGAUGUGAACUUAAAAUACUAGAAAGUAAGAAUUCUGAUCUACAAAGAGAAAUAUUAGAGUUGAAAAUGAAGUUAAAUACUCAAGAAAUUGCAUUCAAAAAGUACGAGUCUGAAAUUAGAGCUGAAUUUUUAAGUAAUAUUGAAAAGCUUUCCAAAGAAUGUAACACUUUGCGAAAAGAAAAGGAAGCAAUUGUUGUUCGCUAUGCCAAUAGUGAAAAAGAAGUUCUGAAGGAGAAGAAAAUUCAACAGGAUUUAGAGAAAAAGCUAAAAGAUGUAAAUAAAGAAAGAGAAGCACUUUUACUGAAAAUAAAAAACUUUGGUAUUGAAAAUUCCAAAUUGGUGACUUCUAUUGAAAAUAAAAUGAUUGAAAUAGCAAAACUGCAGAAACAGAAUGAAAAAUUAAAUGCUGACAUCAAUUCUAGAGAUACCAAAAUCAAAUGGCUGCAGAAUAAAUUAAAGAAUGUCUCAAGUGCUCAUGAGGAAACCCAAGUAAAAUUGGAACAUACAGUGCAGAGGCUUAAUGAAAUGAGAGAAGAAGCAGAGCAGGUACGAAAAGAUUGCCAAGAAAUGAUAAAGUGCUAUCAAGAAGCUGAAGAAAUCAAAUCAGUUAAGCUUGAUAGCCAGCUGAAGCAAAAAUUAUCUGAACUUGAAGUACAAAAGCAAGAAAAGUCAGAUCAAGAACAGGUUUACCAUCUGUUACGGCAGGAAUUGGAAGCUUUAAAGAAAAAACAAAGGAUGACAAUGGAAGAAAACAAUUCACUUACUUUAAAAAUUCAGUGUUUAGAAAAAGAGAGAUUGGAAUAUGAACAAACUUUAAGCAAACUGAAGGAUAGCCAAAAUCUUUUAAAACAAGAAGUUGUUGAUCUCACAGCUCGACUGGCUGAAAUGGAAAGCCUGCGGAUUCAGUUAGAAAGAGAGAGAGAAAAGUUAGCUGCUAGCUUACGAGAAGUAGAAAGGCUUCGCUUAAUGAAUGCUGAAUUGCAAGCUGAUAUGGAUGCAUGUCAUGCAAGGGAAGGAGAAUUAUUAGAAUUUACCGAAAGGACUACAGCAAAAACUGUGAAAUUGCAGUCUGACCAGUGCUUGUUGGAAAUUAAAGCGCAAGCGUUAGAGGAUGAACUGUCAGAAGUGAAAAAACAACUUUCAGAUGUUCAGCAAAAAUAUCUCCAACUGACAUUGGAAUUUGAAGCUACUCGAAAAGAACAUGAAGAAGAAGUACUACUACUUGCUCGAAAACUUGCUGAACAAACAAAGAAUGUUGGAAAUUUGAAUACAAGACUAGAUGAGGCUGAGAACGAGAACAGAGUUUUGAAAAGAAGGCAUAUUACUAGUAUAAAGGAACUUUCACGUGAGUUAUAUCAGUGUAAAAAAAGAUUAGAAAAUUAUGAGUCUAGCAAUUGUAUUCGAUCUGAUUCUGCCAGUUUGGGUUCAAGAACAAGCUCUACUGCAUCUCUUGAUAUGGCUUCACAUGAAAACAAAAGAAAUUUUUCACCAGUUUCUCCAUCUGUAACUUUCAGUAAUACCAAAGGAACAUCUGAUAAUCAAAAAAUUUCUGUGGAGACUCCUGUUGAACUUGACAAGGAAAGGCUGAUUGAAAAAGUGAUAAAACUCCAGAAGACUUUAGCUAAGAGAAAUGAUAAGAUUGAAUUCCUUGAAGACCAUAUAGAACAACUGGUAAAGGAAAUGAAAAAAAGGUCUAAAUUUGUAGAUUUGAAGACAGUUUAACUGAAUUUCCUCAGUUGAGCAUAUUUUGUAUUUACCUCAUCUAUUUUUUGAUGAAAUUUAUGUACAAAUAUGUUCUUAUAAGAGUUUAAAAUUAUCUCUUUUCUGUGUAAGUAUUUCUUUCUCUUCACUUAUAAAAUGUUAAAAUAUUUUA